GAAAUGUAGUCUGGCGCUCCGGGCUGUAAGCGCCGGUCGCGGCUGUGUCGGUCGCCGCUGCUCCCGCUCCUGCUGGGAGAGGUUUCAGGAGUCAGUGACCUUCAAGGAUGUGUCCAUAGAUUUCUCUUGGGAAGAGUGGAUUCAAGCAGAUUCUGCUCAGAGGAUGACCGUGUAUGGGGAGGUGAUGCUGGAGAACUACAGGAACCCGGUCUCACUGGGAAAUCACCUUUCCAAACCCAAUGGGACUUCCCAGCUGGAACGAGAAGAACUGAGUCUGAUGCAAAAAGAACCGCCUGAGGGUGGCUUUCGAGACUGGGAGACAAGACUUGAAACCAAAGAGCCAACUCCGAAGCCCAGUAUUACUGAAGAUUUAUGCCAUGGGGUAACAAUGGAAAGGGAAGGUAUCUGGCAUUCUACUCUAGGGGAAACCUGGGAACCUAAUAAUUGGUUAGAGGGACAACACGAUAGUCAUCUGAGCCAAGUGGCAGUUACCCAUAAGGAAACCUUCACUGAGAUGAGAGUAUGUGGAGGUAAUGAAUUUGAAAGAUGUUCCAGUCAGGAUUCAAUCCUUGAUACACAGCAAAGCAUUCCUAUGGUAAAAAGGCCCCAUAACUGUAAUUCACAUGGAGAAGAUGCCACACAAAAUUCUGAGUUAAUUAAAACUCAAAGAAUGUUUGUAGGAAAGAAGAUCUAUGAAUGUAAUCAGUGCAGCAAAACCUUCAGCCAGAGCUCAUCCCUUCUUAAGCACCAGAGGAUUCAUACUGGGGAGAAACCCUAUAAGUGUAAUGUAUGUGGGAAACACUUCAUUGAACGCUCCUCCCUUACUGUACAUCAAAGAAUUCAUACUGGAGAGAAACCCUAUAAAUGUAAUGAAUGUGGGAAAGCCUUUAGUCAGAGCAUGAAUCUUACUGUCCAUCAACGAACUCACACCGGAGAGAAACCCUAUCAGUGUAAAGAGUGUGGCAAAGCCUUCCAUAAGAAUUCGUCUCUUAUUCAACAUGAAAGGAUUCAUACUGGAGAGAAACCCUACAAAUGUAAUGAAUGUGGUAAAGCUUUUACCCAAAGCAUGAAUUUGACAGUUCAUCAGAGAACUCAUACAGGAGAAAAACCCUAUGAAUGUAAUGAAUGUGGAAAAGCCUUCAGUCAAAGCAUGCAUCUUAUUGUACAUCAGAGAAGCCAUACUGGAGAAAAACCCUAUGAGUGUAGUCAAUGUGGAAAAGCCUUUAGUAAGAGCUCAACUCUUACCCUACAUCAGCGAAAUCACACUGGAGAAAAACCCUACAAAUGUAACAAAUGCGGGAAAUCCUUUAGCCAAAGUACAUAUCUUAUAGAACAUCAGAGACUUCAUUCUGGAGUAAAACCUUUUGAAUGUAACGAGUGUGGAAAAGCUUUCAGUAAGAAUUCAUCUCUAACUCAACAUCGGAGAAUUCACACUGGAGAGAAACCUUAUGAGUGUAUGGUGUGUGGAAAACAUUUCACUGGACGAUCAUCCCUUACCGUGCAUCAGGUCAUUCACACUGGAGAGAAACCUUAUGAGUGCAAUGAAUGUGGAAAGGCAUUCAGCCAGAGUGCUUACCUUAUUGAACAUCAAAGAAUUCAUACUGGUGAGAAACCCUAUGAAUGUGAUCAGUGUGGAAAAGCCUUCAUUAAGAAUUCAUCCCUUACAGUGCAUCAGAGAACUCAUACAGGAGAGAAACCCUAUCAGUGUAAUGAAUGCGGAAAAGCCUUCAGCCGGAGUACAAACCUUACACGACAUCAAAGAACUCAUACGUGAGGAAUGUUUUCACUGGCCCUUACCUCGUGAUUAACUCUUCAGUAAUAAUCGUAUGAGACAUACAAUGUAGAAACCUAAUAAAUGUAAUGAUUGUGGGAAUCUUUCAGUUGAAGUACAAUAUAUCAUAUCAGAUAAUACCACUGCAGAGAAUCCAUCUAAAAGUAGAGAAAUCUUGAUUCAGAAUGUAUAAUUUCCUUUAUAUCAGAAGGUUUAAGUAGCUAAUAUAAACAAUGAAGAGUCAUGCUGAAGAUAAGUUCUGUUACAUCAUACUGCACAUUCUCCUUUGGCCAUCAGAGACUUUACACUGGAGAGAAAAAUGUGAGAGUGUUUAACUGGACAGCCCAGAGACCUGGUAUGUAGUCCUAAUCUGCCACUGCCUUGGACAAGUUGCCUACUUCCACCAGGUUAUGGUUCUUUAUUUGGUAAAUGAAUGAUUUUGGAGUUAGAAAUCUUGUAGGAGCUCUGUUAGCUCUAAAAUGCUACAACUCUAUAAAUGUAAUGAAUGCUGGGAAAUCUUUGUUCUUUUACGAUCUUAUGCCGUCUGUAUGCUGUCUAGAUGCUCUUGUUCCACAAUCUGGUUUCCUUGGAUGCUUUUAGUCAAAAUUAUUUACCUUUACGAAUUCCUAGUACCCUUCCAUGCCCCUAAUCUUCCCCUGCAUUGUUAUUUUGUCCCCUAACUACAGGCUGGUUUCCAUAAAUUAAUGGAAUAAGUAUGCAAAUUUUUUCAUUUAUUUAUUUAUUUAUUUUGAGAUGGAGUUUCGCUCUGUUGCCCAGGCUGGAGUGCAGUGGCUUGAUCUCAGCUCACUGCAAGCUCCACCACCUGGGUUCAUGCCAUUCUCCUGCCUCAGCCUCCCAAGUAGCUGGGACUACAGGCACCUGCCACCAUGCCUGGCUAAUUUUUUUGUAUUUUUAAUAGAGACGGGGUUUCACCAUGUUAGCCAGGAUGGUCUCAAUCUCCUGACCUCGUGAUCCACCCACCUCGGCCUCCCAAAGUGCUGGGAUUACAGGCAUGAGCCCCCGUGCCCGGCCAAGUAUGCAAAUCUUAAUGCAAUAGCAUGCUGUUUUGAGUUCUCAAUUAAUAGUUAUUAAACUGUUGUUAAAUGAUCAUUUAGAAAAUAACAUAGUCCUAUAAG